GAUUGGCUCUUUGCACAUGUACCUCUGAGAAAGUCUGAGGCUGAAAAUGAUGAAGGCACUUUUGAUAAAAAGUACAGAUAUCAUUAUACUAUUAAAGGUCUAGAAAUAUGUAAAUUUGCUGAUUUAUUUCUUAUAAGAGAGGCUUAUAAUUCAAGCUUUAAAAAAUUCUAUGAUGAUUGUCAUAAGCCUGAUUUUUAUGAAAAUGCUGAGUUUAAUUUAUAUACAAGAAAUAUUCGUCAUUUUAAUAUAUGA